GAAGAAAGUGAAUUGUUAAGACGAAAUGUAAUUUGUAUUAAGAAACAAUUUUUAAGCACCACUUGUGUCAAGAAAAUACAUUGGCAGUAUAUGAAGGUGAAUGUCAACUUCACUCCAUGGCCGCCUAAACACUAUGGAGAAAGCUCCUGGUACCCAUUGGAUAGGAGGCUGGGUGGGCCACAGAGUCAGUCUGGAUGCUGUGGAGAAGAGAAAAAUCUUUCACUGCUGGGAAUGGAAUCUGGGCUAUCCAGCCCAUAUCUUAUUGCUGUACCGACUGAACUAUCCCAGCUCCAGUAGCAGUAGCAACAUGAACAUGGGGGUUAUGCGUGUGUCAGCAGAAAAUGUAGCAACUUGCUGCAUGAACUGUACAGCAGUAGCAGUAACAGAAGCAUGUUGGUGCAGAAGUUGCUGCUGGAGAAUACAGUGAAUCAUCCACUAGUGAAGAAAUUCCCACCGAAGUUAUCAUACCAACUUGCAUUCCUCAAAGACAUCAUUACUAAACUAGAACGUCAUGGACAAGAAGUUUUAGAAGCAUUAUAUAUUGUGUACUGCUCUCUUCUGAGUGGUCCCACCAUUGACUCCAGCUGCCAUUACAGGCAUUUUGUGAUUGACCACAGUGUCACCAUUACCAUCAGAGAGAGCAGCAAGCUCAUAUCACAGGGAACUACAGGCCUUUGCAGUUGGCAGGCUGCAUUGACUCUGGCAGACUGGUGCCUGUGUAAUUGCGAGUUGCUUCGGAAUAGACGUAUACUGGAGUUAGGAUCUGGAACUGGUCUCACAGGAUUGUGUGUCAGUCUGCACUGCAAACCGUCCAGCUACUGGUUCUCCGACUGCCACCCUGCAGUACUGAGCAUGCUGCAGUCCAACAUCAUGCUGAAUGUGACGGGCCAGAAUAAACACGUUCUUGGGGACAGUCAUGAGGAUAAUUCAGUUGUGACACACACAUGUAGUGGUGAUGAAAAUGUAUCAUUAGCAUGUGAUGGCCAUGAAUGGACUGAACUGUGUGACAGAAGUCAAAUAUUGCUGUGGAAAAUGUGUAAUAAUGCUGAAAUUGGGGUGUUAAAUCUUCCAUGGGAAAUUAUUCCUACAAGUGAUUUUGUGACAUGGCUGUCACCAGAGGUUAUCCUAGCUGCAGAUCUGGUAUAUGACUUGAGUCUGUUCCCUGUGCUGAGUCAAGCAUUCAGCCAUUUGCUGCAUAAGAGGUCCUGUGUUUUAUUCUUGGCCUGUACAGUUCGUAAUGAGGAAACACUGGACGCAUUCAUCCAACUUUUGAGAACAAUGAAUUUAGAAGCAACUGAAGAGAACUUGUCACCACCCUCAGUUUUAUAUUAUUCAACAGAUGUGCCAGGGAAGUUAUAUAGGGUGUCUGCCAUAAGAUAACGAAAAGACAGCUACAGGUGUAAUGUCAUUACAAAGGGUCAUUUCUCUGAAUGCAAGUUUCACAGAAUAGUUCCACUCGUUACAUUCCUGAAAGUGUUACUUAUCAUAUUAUUAUGCCAAGCCAAUCUUAUGUGACAAACUUUGUCAGUAUUCAAGUGGCUGGAAUCUGAAUGUAAUUUACAUUUUUUGUGUUGCUCAUUUUGCAUAGGUCCAUAUAAAUUUAUAUUAAAAUAUCUGAUAUGCACUGAGAAUAUUUUAUAUUUAAUAAAAUACUACUUAUUGUA